UUGGGGGAAGAACUGUAUCGAUUAACAAGAAAUUCAAGGAUGAAAUUGAUCCAGAUGAAUUGGAUAAUGGAUGAUGAUAGUCUAGACAAAAACUAACGAAUUUAAGGGCGAAGUAAUCUCCAUCUCCUCUACCUACAGAUCUGGAGUUAUCAUGGCUUGGAACGUCUUCAAGUUCUGUACUGUCCUCAAAGCCCUUGGCUCCAUCAUGAUCCUAUUUGUCCUCGCCAUCGUCGGCGUAACCUACUACGCUAUCGUCCUCGCCAAUUAUGGUCCUGCGCUGUUCUACGGCGGCUUCGAUUCCUUAAUAUCCAUCAUCGUCUUGAUCUUCUUUCACUUUCUGUUAGUUAUGCUAUUAUGGAGUUACUUCGCUGUUGUUUUCACUAACCCGGGUAGUGUACCACAUAAUUGGGAACCAUUGAUGGAUGAUGAGGAGAGGGGUGUUUCUGAGUUGUUGGAAGCAUCUGAAGUACACAACAAUGGUGUUGAUGCUACUUUAAAUCCAGGUGUUCGUUAUUGUAGAAAGUGUAAUCAGCUAAAACCACCUCGUUGUCAUCAUUGUUCUGUUUGUGGAAGAUGUGUGCUGAAAAUGGACCAUCAUUGUGUUUGGGUUGUGAAUUGUGUUGGAGCACUUAACUACAAAUACUUCCUCCUUUUUCUGUUUUAUACGUUUUUGGAAACAAGUCUUGUGGCAUUGGCACUGCUAUCCCGAUUUUUAGCAUUUUUUAAGGAUGAAGAGAUAUCUGGGACACCAAGUAUGUUGGUGACAACUUUCCUUGCAUUUGUGUUAAAUCUAGCUUUUGCAUUGAGUGUAAUGGGUUUUCUGGUUAUGCACAUUACUUUGGUUGCUGCUAAUACAACCACUAUUGAGGCUUACGAAAAGAAGAUCAUGCCUAAUUGGCGUUAUGACCUUGGGAGGAAGAAGAACUUUGAACAGGUCUUUGGAACAGACAAGAAGUAUUGGUUCAUUCCAAUGUAUUCAGAAGAAGAUAUAAACCUCGUUCCUGCACUUCAGGGUCUUGAAUAUCCGACGAAAGCUAACUUCGAAGCUCGGGAAAUUUAGUGACCUGUGCAAAUCAUGAUCAACUGAAGUGAGUUUCUGUGGUGAUUUAUUCGUAUCAAUAUGGGUUUGAAUUUAAGAACAAUCGACGAGGCUUUCAACAUCAGUAUUUGGUAGAACGAAAACUCGAAAUUCUCAUUUUUUUUUCAUAGGGAGUAGACCAAACAAAUUAUACAGUGUUUGGCCUAUUUGUAAAACACAAUUUAUCUUUGUUUUACACAUUAAUUCAUUUAUAAAAAUGUUUAAACUAAAUUAAGAUAAAGAUAAAAAUAUUUUAUCUUUGUAAUAUAUGACAAGAUCUUAGUGUUCAAUGGAAAAUCUGACCACCUUUUGAUC